AUGGCUUUUAUAAUGCUUUCCACAUUCCGUCCCAUCCGGCCUCUGGUGGCAGGUCGCAGCUCGCCGAUUCCCAGUUUCUACUACAGCCGUCUUCGCUCUACUGAAUCUCUCCUGCGACAACAUGUUACGCGCUCUUCGUACUCAUCAUCAUCAUCGUCCUCGACGCAAUCUUCCUCCAACUCAUCCGAUGCCUCUACUGCAGCGUCCUCACGUCCACAGUCCUCGGCAGCAUCCACUCCCAACCAGACAAUGCCCGAGGGCUGGGAAGACAAUGCCGAUUACUCUCAGAUCACUGCCUUCUCGCAGCUCCCCCAUCGCUACUUCGGUACCAAUCAGCAUAUCAAGAUCAACGAAGACUUCAAAGAGGCUAUGCGACAGGUUCUAUGGCAAUUCCGCGCCCCCAUCCGAUACGCUUUUGCAUACGGCAGUGGUGUCUUUACACAAUCCUCCAAUCAAUCGGCAGCAAGUGUCGCUCAAUCCUUCUCCCCCCAUCCUCACCCACCAGAGGCUGUGACUAAAUGGCAAGAAGGAGGAGGAAAGAUCAUCGACUUCAUCUUUGGUGUCUCCCAUACCGAGCACUGGCACUCGACCAACAUGCGCCAAAAUCCCCACCACUACAGUUUUUUGAAGAGUCUGGGCUCUUACACCGUCUCCAAAGUUCAGGAUAGUAUCGGCGCCGGUGUCUACUUCAAUCCCUACAUUACUGUCAAUGGUGUCAUGAUCAAGUACGGUGUUGUCAACAUCGACACCAUCUGCAGAGAUCUCAGCGAAUGGAACACUCUUUACAUCGCUGGUCGCCUUCAGAAGCCUGUCAAGAUCCUCAGAGAUGACCCAAGAGUAAGACUCGCUAAUCAGAUCAACCUCAUGGCCGCUGUCCGUACUGCUUUACUCAUGUUGCCCGAGAACUUUACAGAAAGACAGCUCUAUACCACAAUCGCUGGAAUCUCUUACAUGGGUGAUCCUAGAAUGAACCCUCGAUUUGGUGGAGAGAAUCCUCGUAAGGUUGCCAAUAUCGUCGACGCGCAAUUACCCAGCUUCCGUCAACUAUAUGUUCCGCUCAUUGAGAACUUGCCCAACGUGGACUUUAACGACUCCAGAGUCCCGGCAGACCAAGGCUGGGAAAAGGAGGCCGCUAUUGCAAAUGCCCUUUCAUCCUCGGGGAAAGCAAUCCCGGCUGACGACAUCAUCGGUGGUCUGGACGGUUUCAAGCUGCAACAAGACAUGGACCCUAAACGCCGAGGAAACAUGGUCCGUCGUCUACCUAAAGGCUUCCGCCAAAAGCUUUACUGGAACUACCAAAAGAAGUUCCAGAUUCCUGGGUCGGCCUUCGACAAAGUUAUUGAAGAGGCUACCGAUGAGGACUCGAUGAGCAUCAAGCGCCGUGAAGGUGGCGACUUUGAGCGCCGUAUUGGAACGCAGGAGGACAUUCCCGAGGCCGUUGGCGACUGCAUCAAGAAGACUAUCAGCUGGCCAAGUACAAGCCAGUCGAUCAAGGGUAUUCUCACCGCUGGUCCAACUCGUUCCUGGAAGUAUCUUCAAGAGAAGCGCCAAAAGAGUAAGCUAGGCAAAGCUCAAAAAGAAGGCGAGCAAGAGGCCAAGAAGAAGGAAGAGUAG